AGAUAUCAGAUACAUUUUAUCACUCAGGUUGGGCGUGCUUGCGGAAGAAGUGAGACGAGAGAGUGCAGCGGAAGAUGCCUCGUCGCGUCGAAUUGAAUCGCUCUUAGCCGAUGUCUCUUCGUCUUCGGGGUUCGAUUCUGAAUCCUGUGUCUCAAAUCAAAUUUCUCAAAGAGGAUCGAACUUGCCCUGGUCUUUUCAGGCUUGCCGUCUUGGUUGGUGUCGUUAACUUGUAUCCGUCGCUUGAUUGAAAACUUAGGAGGAUUAUUCUGUUAUGCGAUCGGAUUCUAGAGAGUAUGCCCCCACUCAGGUUUUGCAGUUAGAAUGAGCUUCCAGAUUCAUAUCCAGGAUUCUCUUUUGUAUAUUAAGGAGCAUUUGUAUUUUUAAACAUCUUGAUUCUUGUAAUGAUUUCCCUGUGGAGACUUUGGGAUUGGUUAAAAAAGGAUGCAUGUGCAAAUUUUAUGUUCAAUCAUGCUAGAUGGUGGUCCAGUCUGGGGGGUUCUUCCCAUCCAAUUGUAGCUCAAUAAUGAGCGAUCAAAUUAAAUUCCUAGAUUGAUUGGGAAAGGUCUUGAAUACGCCAUCAAUCCAAUGAAUGCCAGAACAGGAGUUGGAUCUGUAAGUCAGAUACUUAAACAAUCCCCACCAAAUUCUGGUGAUGAUAAUGUUAGAUUGCCAGAGGUUAGCAUAUCAGGCGCUCCAAGACCUGUUUUGAAUUACUCAAUUCAAACAGGCGAGGAGUUUGCACUUGAAUUUAUGAGAGAACGAGCAAUAUCCAAGAAACUGAUUGCUCAAAAUGCACCCGGAGAUCAAAAUAUAACUACCACUUACAUGAACAUAAAGAAUAUGCCAAAUAUACCACAAACCCAGUCUGAAAGUGCUUCAGAUGCUUUAGUGUUUACAAAUGUCAAUAAUCGUGAUCUAAAGGAGAUUGAGAAGAAUAACUCGGUUGAUACUGAACAUAGAGGUCAUUAUGCAUCAUCAAGGUCAAUGCUACAUGUAUCAUCUGGUGAGGGAAGUAACCGAACAAUUUCACUUGGGCAUACUCCAAGAGCUUCUGACAUCUCAUCAAAACGGAUGAAAUUUCUAUGCAGUUAUGGUGGUAAGAUCUUACCUAGACCCAGUGAUGGAAAGCUGAGGUAUGUGGGAGGUGAUACACGUAUUGUACGAAUAAGAAGGGAUACUUUGUGGGAAGAGCUUGUUCUAAAGACAACAGCCAUAUACAGUAGACCUCAUAUGAUCAAGUAUCAAUUACCUGGGGAAGACCUGGAUGCGCUUAUAUCUGUUUCAUCUGAUGAAGAUUUGCUAAUUAUGAUCGAUGAGUACAGUCUUAUUGAAUGUAGUCAGGGAUCUCAGAAAAUCAGGUUGUUUCUAUUUGCUAUAGAUGAUACUGAUAAUGGAUGCUUUCACUUGGAGAAUAUGGAAGGUUAUUCUGAGAUCCAAUUUGUUGCUGCAGUGAAUGGCAUGGAUUUCGAUUCUGGAAAAUCUUCAUAUGGACAUGGAUUAUCAAACACUUCAUUAAGCGAUUUGAAUCAGUUGCUUAAUCUCAAUGUUGAAUCUGAAAUAGCUAAUGCUUACACAGGUAUAACUCAGUCAGCUGGUUUUGUUAUUGUCCCUGUAGCAUCUCCCACUACAUAUCCUUCAUCACUGCAGCAAAGCUCUUCUGCUGACUAUGAUAGUCAUUCACAUCGUUUGGAGGACCAUAGAUACCACUAUGUUGAUAGUCAUUCGCGUCGUUUUGAGGACCAUAGAUACCACUAUGUUGAAGGCGAGCACUAUUCUUACAAUCUCAUCAAUUCUUCUGAUAUAUGCCAAAAUUCAAAUAGCAGAACCUCCAUUCCUCUACAUGUGCCCUCUGAUUUUCAAUAUACAAGCAAUUAUACAGAUAUCGGCAUUUCUAUUCAACCAGACCAACAACCUUUCAAUCAAGGUGCGUCACAAGAUCCUUACUCUGGUAUAAGUUUGCUUGAUCAAGAAACUGCAAAGAGAGAUCAGAAUUUAGCAGCUGAUAGUUUCUCAUAUAAAAAAAUGGAGGAUGAGCAUAUUAGCUCCCACAUUCAUGAACCUAGUUCAACCAUGCAGCAGCAUGAUGUUUCCUUUUUGAGUCAUAUCCAUGCAGUAAGUAUGCAUGUCGUUUCUGAAAAAGAGAAUUUAACACUUGCUGUAACAAACAUAGGGAAGCAAUUAGAUGCUACGCCAGUAUCAUCUGUGAACUCUGUGAAUGCUGGUCACAAUUCUGACCUAACUGAAGAUGACCACUACUGUUGUGGCGGUUUGGCACCUAGUAACAUUGAUGAUGAAGCUGAUGCAUUUGAUGUAGGUUUCAAUAAUCCACCUUCACAGCCUUUCCGAGGUUACCAAUCUGCAAGUCUUCCCAGGGAGCAGUUAGAGUUCCUGAACCGAUUAUCUAAAUCUGGUAAUUCCCCUGGCUCUCAAUAUUUAAUAAAUCAGGCGUGCUUGCUUGCAGCUCAAGAAUCCAUUGUUGAAGGAGAUGAUAACAUAAUUGAGGGAGAGAUGGUCUCACAUUCUGAGAAGUCUUUAUUAUCUGCAAAACCACCAUGCCAAAGUAAUGAAACUAUCAAAGAUGAUUUCAUGCAGUUUGAAAAAAAUAAACAAUUGGUCAAUACACCUAGUGAAGCUAAUAAAUUGGAAUCUGUCUCCAUUCCACAUGGAUCAGAGACUGUUAAAAUUUCUCAGGAUAUCCAUAAUUCAACUAAUCAGGCUAUACAUGACCAACAUGAAAUUGUCUUCAAUCCUGUCCUUCAUGUAGGACCUGUUCAACAUGAUGGUAUCGCUGAUGAAAAAUGCUAUAAACAAGGGAGGAUGAUUCAGAAGCCUGAUUUUCAAAUUGCAUCUUCAAAGUCUGUGUCUGAUAACCCUUCUGUUCAUGAGGAAAGGAUCUUACAGGAAUCCAAUAUGAGCAAACACACAGACAAGCCCAUAAGUAUUGUUGAUAUAAAAGAUGCACAUGCUGAUGGAUCUUCCAUUAAACCUGUGGAAGGUCCUGUUCUUCCUGACAAUCCCUGGGCUGAAACAUCUAAUGAUAUCACAUAUAGUACUGAUGUUGGUGAUCAUGUUGCAUCUCUUGCUUAUGUUGACCGUAUUGCUGGAGGUCACUCUCUGGAGGAAUCUUCUGGACCUCCUGAGAGGAAAGAUAUUCUUAUUGAUAUUAAUGACCAAUUCCCUCCAAAUCUUCUCUCUGAUAUCUUUAGUAAGGCCAAAGAGGAUUUGUCAAAUAUAAAUCCCCCUCACAAAUAUGAUGUUGGAUUGACUCUGAACAUGCAAAACCAUGAUCCUAAGCAUUGGUCUUUCUUCAGGAUUCUGGCUCAGGGUGAAUUCAACCACAAAGACUAUUCUUUAAUGGAUCAAGAUCAUAUUAGUUACCAACCCCAAAUUGCACCAUUGGACAAUGAUAAAGUUGAUUUUGGUCAGACCAAUGCCCAAAUUGAUUUUAGUGAGAAAAUGCAAGAAUCAUCUAGCGCAAUGGUAGACAACAUGUUGCACAAGGGUGAAGGUCUGCAGGUAGAGAAUCCUUUUACAAAGUUUGGAGAGACGUUAAGAACUUGUAUUUCAGAAAAAGAGCAAUUGAGAUAUGAAGGUGGGGAAGCAGCUGAGCCAGAUUUAGAUGUUUCUGCUUAUGAUCUGGACCUUAUUAAUGUGCAGAUAAUUAAAAAUGAGGACCUUGAAGAACUACGUGAACUAGGUUCUGGCACUUAUGGCACUGUUUACCAUGGAAAAUGGAGGGGCACUGAUGUUGCUAUAAAGCGAAUAAAGAAGAGCUGCUUUACUGGUCGAUCACCUGAGCAGGAGAGAUUUACCAAGGAGUUCUGGCGGGAAGCUGAGAUUCUUUCCCAACUUCAUCAUCCCAAUGUGGUUGCCUUCUACGGUGUUGUUAAAGAUGGGCCUGGUGGAACCAUGGCAACAGUUGCAGAAUUCAUGGUUAAUGGUUCUCUUCGACAUGUUUUAUUACGCAAGGACAAGUACCUAGAUCGUCGUAAAAGGCUUAUCAUAGCAACAGACACUGCUUUUGGAAUGGAAUAUUUGCAUUCUAAAAACAUUGUACAUUUUGAUCUGAAAUGCGAUAACUUACUUGUAAAUCUUAAAGAUCAAUCACGUCCCAUUUGUAAGGUUGGUGAUUUCGGUUUGUCAAAAAUUAAGCGGAAUACCCUAGUCUCUGGUGGUGUCAGAGGCACACUACCAUGGAUGGCACCAGAAUUAUUAAAUGGAAGUAGCAAUAAGGUGUCUGAGAAGGUAGAUGUUUUCUCCUUUGGCAUUGUCAUGUGGGAAAUUCUUACCGGGGAAGAACCUUAUGCCAAUAUGCAUUAUGGUGCAAUCAUAGGAGGCAUUGUGAAUAACACGUUAAGGCCUCCAGUGCCUGCUACCUGCGACCUGGAAUGGAGAAGGCUCAUGGAGCAAUGCUGGGCUCCCGAUCCAAUGCACAGGCCAUCUUUUACCCAAAUAGCUGGCCAUUUGCGAGCUAUGACAGCGCAGGCGAAACCAGCCAAAUGAUAGUAUUAGAUCAGUAUACAUGCGAGCAUUCUAUUUUAUUGGUAUAAAAUUUUCCAGUUUGACGUGUAAUAUAUAUUUCUUUGAAUUGUGUGUGAACUACGAUAGAUCAACACAAGGCUGCUAUAUCUUAGUCGAUUUAGUAUGAGAUAUGCGCUCAGGAAGAAAGAGUGCCUUUAUAUCCAGUUGUAAUUUGGAUUGGCAAAGAGUUUAUCUAUUAGCUACCUCAGUUGAAAUAUUUUGC